CGGAAACUUUAGAGUAUUCUCCCUUUGAUACAUAUUUGCCAGAAAUAUGGAAAAUAAAUUAACGGAACAGACUCAUUUGUCACUAGUUGAAAGAUAUUACACCCCAAAGUUUUAUAAAAAUACAAAAGCUGAAGGGGAAGAUGUGUGUAUUUUAGUUCACUCUAAUAAGAUAUGUGUGGUGACUCUGGCAGAAUGGCAUCCAAUACUGAAAGAAGGGAAGACAGUCCUGCAGGUGGACUAUCAGUUUGACAAUGUCAACAGACUGUGCAACAGAGUCACUGGCAAGGGAAAGCGGGGAGCACAGAACUUAAGUGCGGACUCCGCCCUGUGUAGGGUCCGCUGUAUGGACGGCUCUCAAUACGUGAUCCCUUGUGGCCUGAAAUGUCAGCUGCUGGAAACCAACGAUGCGCUUAAAAAUGCGCCCUCAGUUCUCACAGAAAAGCCAAGGACGGACGGGUAUCUAGCAAUUGUUUCACCCAAACUCAAGGACUUUAAGGGAGAAAUAAAUAAACUUGACUCUCAGGACACCGUGACAACAGAUCCAGUCUAGCAGGCACUAGAGAACAACGCCAAUGGGAAGCAUGGGCUUUGAACGACUGACGACGAAAUAUGUUCUUUAUUUUUUGGAGCUUAAGUUCAGCUAAGGUUACAUUCACAAUUAUGCCCCCCUUCGUAGAAGAGGGGGUAUAUUGUUUUACACAUGUCGGUAGGUCGGGCGGUCCGUCCGUCCGUCCAUCCACCAGAUGGUUUUCGGAUAAUAACUCAAGAACGCUUGGGCCUAUGCUCAUGAAACUUCAUAGGUACAUUGCUCAUGACUGGCAGAUGACUCCUAUUGAUUUUGAGGUCACUAGGUCAAAGGUCAAGGUCACAGUGACUCGAAACAGUAAACGGUUUCCGUAUGAUAACUCAAGAACGCUUUCGCCUAGGAUCAUGAAACUUCAUAGGUACAUUGAUCAUGACUCGCAGAUGACUCCUAUUGAUUUUCAGGUCACUAGGUCAAAGGUCAAUGUCACAGUGACUCGAAACAGAAAAAUGGUUUCCGGAUGAUAACUCAAGAACGCUUACGCCUAAGAUCAUGAAACUUCAUUGGUACAUUGAUCAUGCCUCACAGAUGACCCCUAUUGAUUUUCAGGUCACUAGGUCAAAGGUCAAAGUCACAGUGACUCGAAACAGAAAAAUGGUUUCCGGAUGAUAACUCAAGAACUCUUACGCCUAGGAUCAUGAAAUUUCAUAGGUUCAUUGCUCAAGACUGGCAGAUAAACCCUAUUGAUUUUGAGGUCACUAGGUCAAAGGUCAAGGUCACAGUGACUCGAAACAGUAAAACGGUUUCCGGAUGAUAACUCAAGUACGCUUACGCCUAGGAUCAUGAAACUUCAUAGGUACAUUGAUCAUGACUCGCAGAUGACCCCAAUUGAUUUUCAGGUCACUAGGUCAAAGGUCAAGGUCACAGUGACUCGAAACAGAAAAAUGGUUUCCGGAUGAUAACUCAAGAACGCUUACGCCUAGGAUCAUGAAACUUCAUAGGUACAUUGAUCAUGACUCGCAGAUGGCCUUUAUUGAUUUUCAGGUCACUAGGUCAAAGGUCAAGGUAACAGUGACUCGUAACAGAAAAAUGGUUUACGGAUGAUAACUCAAGAACGCUUACGCCUAGGAUCAUGAAACUUCAUAGGUACAUUGAUCAUGACUGGUUAAUGACCCAUAUUGAUGUUCAGGUCACUAGGUCAAAGGUCAAGGUCACAGUGACUCGACACAGUAAAAUGGUUUCCGGAUGAUAACUCAAGAAAGCUUACGCCUAGGAUCAUCAAACUUCAUAGCUACAUUGAUCAUGAUUGGCAGGUGACCCCUCUUAAUUCUCAGGUCACUAGGUCAAAGGUCAAGGUCACAGUGACUCAAACAGUAAAAUGGUUUCCUGAUGAUAACUCAAGAAUAAUUAGGCCUAGGAUCAUGAAACUUCAUAGGUACAUUGAUCAUGACUCUCUGAUGACCCCUAUUGAUUUUCAGGUCACUAGGUCAAAGGUCAAGGUCACGGUGACUCGAACCAGUAAAAUGGUUUCCGGAUGAUAACUUAUGAACGCAUACGCCUAGGAUCAUGAAACUUAAUAUGUACAUUGAUCAUGAUUCGCAGACAACCCCUAUUGAUUUUGAGGUCACUAGGUCAAAGGUCACGGUCACAGUGACAAAAAACAUAUUCACACAAUGGCUGCCACUACAACUGACAGCCCACAUGGGGGUCAUGCAUGUUUUACAAACAGCCCUUGUAAAACGUGCUUUUAAAGAAUGUCAUGAAAACUAAACUUCAGAAAUUGUAGAUGUGUAGUAAAUAAUACAAGUUAUAGGCAAUAAAACAUCAAACAGAUACCUCUUUUAAAUAAGGGCAUUUAACAGGAGAUAAUACCCUGUUUGGUAUUCUCUUUUAAAAUAUUUGUGUAUGCAUACUACAGGCGCAAUGAUAUGAAGAUUUGAAAUAUGAUUUUGCUCUGUUUGCAUGUAAUUUACGUGAGCUAGAAUCCAUACUAAAUUUUUAUGUCCCCCACUAUAGUAGUGGGGGACAUAUUGUUUUUGCCCUGUCUGUUGGUCUGUUGGUUGGUCUGUUGGUUGGUUGGUUUGCGCCAACUUUAACAUUUGCAAUACCUUUUGCAAUAUUGAAGAUAGGAACUUGAUAUUUGGCAUGCAUAUGUAUCUCAUGGAGCUGCACAUUUUGAUAGGUGAAAGGUCAAGGUCAAUGUCAUCCUUCAAGGUCAAAGGUCAAAUAUAUGGGUCAAAAUCGCUCAUUUAAUGUACACUUUUGCAGUAUUUCAAUAUUCAAGAUAGCAACUUGAUAUUUGGCAUGCAUGUGUAUCUCAUGGAGCUGCACAACUGAGUGGUGAAAGGUCAAGGUCAAGGUCAUCCUUCAAGGUCAGAUGUCAAAUAUAUGUGGCCAAAAUCGCUCAUUUUAUGAGUACUUUUGCAAUAUUGAAGAUAGCAACUUGAUAUUUGGCAUGCAUGUGUAUCUCAUGGAGCUGCACAUUUUGAGUGGUGAAAGGUCAAGGUCAAGGUCAUCCUUCAAGGUCAUAGGUCAAAUAUAUGUGGCCCAAAUCGCUAAUUUUAUGAAUACUUUUGCAAUAUUGAAGAUAGCAACUUGAUAUUUGGCAUGCAUGUGUAUCUCAUGGAGCUGCACAUUUUUAGUGGUGAAAGGUCAAGGUCAAGGUCAUCCUUCAAGGUCAAAUAUAUGGGUCAAAAUUGCUCAUGUAAUGUCACUUCUGCAAUAUUGAAGCUAGCAAUUUUAUAUUUGAAAUGCAUGUGUAUCUCAUGGAGCUGCACAUUUUGAGUGGUGAAGGGUCAAUGUCAAGGUCAUCCUACAAGGUCAAACGUCAUAUAGGGGGACAUUGUGUUUCACAAAUACAUCUUGUUCAACAUUGAAACUUUUUAGUUCUCUCACGUAAUCGUGUUAAUUGUUAACGGACUUUGUUAUUUGUUACUCCGUAAGAAAAUCAAAUAUUUGAAGUAUACAUGUAAAAUAUACACAAUGUUAACGUUUAAUUAAAACAAAAUGUCAUAA